AUGCCACUCUCCGAUGAUAAACAUCUCACAGCCGCUGUGAAAGGCAUUGCUAUGUCCAUAGUAAAUAACAUUAGUCGUCUUUCCACGGAACUAAAGUCCUUCAUUGAGAAAUCAAAAAUCAAAACCAACCUGCAGACGGCCAUCGAUAAUGUCAAGGAUAUCGGCAAUCAAUUUACUGAUGGAGAUAACGGCGAUGACUCGAAUACCGAUCACGGCGCAAAGAUCGACGCAGCGUUGCAGAAGGUGAGUGCAGCAAUUACGCAGCUUGAGGGGUUGCUAGGUAAAAUGGCAGACGAUGGGGGUGCAAUUCAAGAGAAGAUUAAAGAAAUCGAGACGAAUCUCGGUGAGCUCAAUAACAUUUGGAAAGAUGAGCAAGACGGCCGAAUUAAGAAGAAGCAAAAAGAUGCCGAAGACCUUAUGUUGGAGUUACAAGACGAGAUUAAAAAACUUCAGAGCGAAAUUGGAGCCAUUGGAGACCCAAGUCCAAUCCCUCUUCGCGAAGCAGAGCAGGCCGAGCUCACGCAGCUGCAGAGCGUCGUCACGGAGCAGUUGGAGAAGAUAGAAGAGAUAAUCAGGGAGGAUAAAUCAACAGGGGUGAAGGGUUUUUUGACGAUAUUAAGAGAGGGGAUGUUUGAAAAUUUCCUGAGUAGGUCGCAUCCUUUAAAAGAUGGCAUGAAACUAUCAGAGUUGGCUGUACAAGCUGUAAUUUGUUUUGAGGGUCUGUUUGAAUAUUUUGAUGAAGAAUUGACACCAAAGAACUCCCGACUUGUACGUACAUUGCAUUCUCAGUCUACAGGUCCUCAUGCUGCUAUGGUUGAGAACAUCAGAAGUGUUCUCAACGCCUUGCUUGGUCACUUAAUAAAUACUAAUCUUAAAACAUAUGACUUUGACCACACCUUUAGAGAGAAAGUACAUGAGCUCACAGUGUCGGUAGGCGCCUUAAGCGCUAAAACGUUCGGCGAGGGAAGGAAUCCCGAGCUGCUGAACAUCUUUAAGAGUGGCAUGUCGGCCCUCACCACUGAACUCUCCCACGCGUACGUUAACGCUUAUAGCGGUAAACACUUUGUAGGUGACUUAGUAACCAAGUCUACUGAACAACCCACCGAACAAGUCCUUUCCACCGAGGGCCGCAACUGCGCCAAGGUCUGCCUGACCAUACUGGAGACGGUGAAUAGUGGGCUGAAAGGGUUGCGGAAGGGAUGUAUUAAGAGUGGUAGCGGUAUGCAAAUCAAUUUAUCGAAUGGCCUAGGAAAAGCCUUCCAACGACUAGGCUACGAUGUUGCCUCUAGUCCAACCACCCAGGACGGUGAGUUACGUAAUAAGAAGGGUUUCACCGGUGAGAACAUUUACAGUGAUCUCCUUGUCUACAAACAUAAUACUGGAAAAGGUGAUAAAACAUAUCAACUCGUCAGCGACGAUGACGACAACAAGGAGAAGAAAGAUAAACAUGGUGUCAUUAGACAGCUCAACACCCAUCUUGGCAGAUAUUACUACGUCUCUCACUACUACAUUCCUCCGAAUCCGAAAUCACCAAGUAACAUCUAUCACUUGUUACAAUGGCUCCUCGGUUUAUACUUUAAUCCGAUUUAUAGUACGCUUGGUGAGUACUUCAAGGAAUUGUUUGAGAAGCCCGAAAAUUAUAAAGAUAAGAAAUAUUCCGAAAUUGAUGAAAGCCAACUUAGCUUACUUGCCACCACAACAAUUAGACCAAAGACAUUAAAAGACACACUCCGAUUGGUGUGUUUAGACUCCGCAGACACUCUGAUCGCCUUUCUAGGCCACGGCCAUCCUGACGGCCGAUAUGCCGUUGACUUUUACACAAACACCGACGGUUUGUCGUACCUAGCAACGCCGGUCAAUGUUUUGACAUGUUGGUAG